GCCGGGGGCGCGGGGCGCGGGCGGCUCCGGCUCGGUUCUUCCAUUCAUUGGGAUCGCGGCGGGCACCGCGGCGGCGGCAGGAUGGCUGCUCGGCUGCUGCCCCUGCUCCCGCUGCUGCUCUUGCUGGGCCGGGGGCCCCCGGGGGCCCUGGGCAACCGGCACGCCGUGCACUGGAACAGCUCCAACCUGCACCUGCGGCGGGAGGGCUACACAGUGCAGGUGAACGUCAACGACUACCUGGACAUCUACUGCCCGCACUACAACGCCUCGGUGCCCGAGCACAGGCUGGAGCAGUACGUGCUGUACAUGGUGAACGCGGAGGGCUACCGCACCUGCAACACCAGCCAGGGCUUCAAGCGCUGGGAGUGCAACCGGCCCCACGCGCCCCACAGCCCCAUCAAGUUCUCGGAGAAGUUCCAGCGCUACAGCGCCUUCUCGCUGGGCUACGAGUUCCGCGCGGGGCAGGAGUACUACUACAUCUCCACACCGACACACAACCACCGCCGGGCCUGCCUGAAGAUGAAGGUGUUCGUGUGCUGUGCCUCCACGUCGCACUCUGGGGAGAAGCUGGCGCCCACCCUGCCGCAGUUCACCCUGCGGCCCGAGGUGAAGAUCGAGGACCUGGAAAACUUCAACCCGGAGAUCCCCAAGCUGGAGAAGAGCAUCAGCGGCACCAGCCCCAAGCGGGAACACUUGCCCCUGGCUGUGGCUGCCGCCCUCUUCCUAAUGACGCUGCUGGCCUCCUAGCUCUGAGCGCGGCGGGGGCCCGGCCAGAGCGGCACCGCGGAGCGGGGACCCCUCGUCCCCUCGACCUGCUGCUGUUUGCCAGGAUGGAGCUGCCCCGGGAGCUGCGCCCGGCCCCUCUGCACCGUCAGCGCCUCCAGCCCAGGGACCCUUCCCGUGCGGGGCAGGGGAUGGUGGCACGUGCCUGGCCCCGCUGGGACCUGCAUGGGACUCGCCCCCACCCACGUCUCCAGCCCCUGCUGGGGGGACUCAGCUGGGUGCUGCCGCCUCCCACCGAUGCCGUCCCACAGCGUGGAGCCCCCAGCCCUGCCCGGGGGCUGCUGCGGCCCCCCCGGGCGUCCCAUGGCUGGGAGCAGCGCUGGGCCCUGUGAGGGCAGGGUGCCGGGGCCGGGCAGCCUGUACAUACCUAUAUAGAAAUCUAUACAUACUGUACAGAGAGCGACUAUAUAGAUAUAUCUAUAAUGUACCAUAGGCAGUGGCGCUGGCCCCGGGCUGGCUUGUACAUAGUCAAACGUGUUGGAUUUUCCUCGUCUUCCGUGAAGACCCGACCUAUGCAAACGCACAGACACUUUUUGGGGGAAAAAAAAAAAAAAAAAAAACAAUCUCGACCUUUUUUUCAAAGUGCUUUGGCUGGUGAUUUUCAUAUUCUGCUCUUAGUCUAUAAAAAAAAAGGAAAAAAAAAUCAAAUAAAAGGA